GACUGUGCUGGCAGCGUAUUGUGUGGUGGCAGAGUCAGCUGACAUUAACCUGUAAAAUCCAUCAUUUUUGUUUCCUUGAAAAAUCGUCUUAGAAUAUACUCUAUCUGCUCCAAGUUAUCCUCAUCUUCACUUUCAAAUAACGUCGUAACCACCUAAUCUCUCUUCCUCUUCUUCAAAUUAAAGCAAACAAUAAUUAAUUAAAAAAAUCAUAAACUUUCAGUGAUGGCUUCUCGUCUAACAACCACCGCCCUCUCUUUCCUCACUUACCUCUCGAUUCUCUUCUCCUUCUCUUCAUCUACAACAAUUCUCCCUUCAAAUUCUGAUAAAGUUUCCCUGGCACUAUACUAUGAAUCUCUCUGUCCAUACAGUGCCAAUUUCAUAGUGAAUUACCUUGACAAGCUCGUUGAAGAUGACGAUCUUCUCUCCAUCGUUGAUCUCUACCUCUCUCCUUGGGGCAAUGCCAAAAUCAGAGGAAAUGACACCUUUGUUUGCCAGCAUGGUCCAUAUGAAUGUUUAUUGAAUACAGUGGAAGCUUGUGCAAUUCAUGCUUGGCCUAAAUUGGAAGACCAUUUUCCUUUUGUUUACUGUGUUGAGAAAUUGGUUUAUGAGAGAAAGUACCCAGAAUGGGAGUCAUGCUUCGAAGAAUUGGGUUUGGAUCCAAAGCGUGUUUCCGAGUGCUAUACUGGUGGAUAUGGCAAUGAGCUUGAAUUAGAGUAUGCUGCUGAAACAAAUGCCCUUCAGCCUCCACAUAAAUAUGUGCCAUGGGUGGUGGUGGAUGGACAGCCAAUUUAUGAGGACUACGAGGACUUCAUAAAUUACAUCUGCAAGGCCUACAAAGGCACUGCCACACCCAAAGCUUGCAGCAACCAAUCUCGCCAUUCCAUCCCAAGGGCAAAAGCAAAAUCAAUCCCUCCAGUUUGCUACAGAGAUACGAUUGUAUCAACAUUAUUGGAAUCAGUAAGAUCAGCAACAUCAUUGUGGAUGCAGUAGAUGAAGAUCCGGGCUGCUUAUGCAUCUUGAUUUUAUUUACUUUCCGAGUUUGAUUCCCUUGUUGUUGGCAUUGUAGUAAUGAUGUCAAAUUAGCAGUACUCAGGCGCAUGUCUAAAGCUGUUUCCCCCCCUUUUCUCGACUGAGCAUUAUCUAUCUAUAGUCAUCUACUACUUGAUAACA